AUGACAAAUAUGAGUAAAAUGCCGUAUCCAAUGCCCAAAAAAUUUCCAUCAAAUUUGGAGAGACUCGGUUAUCGAAGCUAUGUGAGUUCAAUUUUAAAACUUGUGUUUUUCCAAACAAACCUAUUUUUGAUUUUCAGAACUGGAUUGAAAAUCGAACUUGGCCUAUCCGACCGCAUCUAUUUGUUGGCUUCACUCUGAUCGGUAGUGCUGCUCAACUUCGAGAUUUUGCUGAUGUUACAAUUGAAUCUGUCCUGAAAUCCUUGAUGAUUUCAACUGUUUCCACCUAUUCAGCCACAUUCAUUUUGCGAAAAUUCCUUAAAUAUUUCUAUUUUUCAUACAAAGCUUAUUUAUUUGAAAAUCCAAAAAAGCCAUCAAUCCGAACUAAAUUAUGGGGAAUUCUUCGAAUGAUUUUACUGAAAUUGGCUCCUCCAAAAUUGAACAGUUGUGAUUAUCUUCUUCCAAAUCUACCACUUCCAGCACUCAAAAAUACUGUUGACCAAUAUAUUGAAUCAAUGAAAUAUAUUUUGACCGAGGUAAAUAUGUACUUGAAAAAAGAGCAGACCAUUUCCUGAUAUUGAUAAGACAUCUAGCAGUGAUAAGAUGUUUUCUUGGCAAAAAAUAAGAUAACAAAAGCAUUUUUUCUAUGAAGUAUUUUUAGGAAGAGCAUGAUCAACUUGUCAAAGAUGCUGACAAUUUCCUAUCUAACGAAGGAAAAACAUUACAAAGAUUUGCUUGGAUUAUGCACAAAUUUAAAGACAAUUAUGUCACAUCAUUUUGGGAAAAAUAUAUCUACUUUGCUGGUAGAUAUCCAGUUUUGAUAAAUAGUAGUGUUGCUCAAUGCACAAUGUAUGGAGAAAGUGGACUUUUGCAACCAUACCAAAUUGCAAGAUUGAUUUAUAUUGAGGCAAUCGGAAAUUUGGCAUUAGAUAAACAAGUUGGAUAUAAACCGGUGAGAUAUUAUGAACAGAACAGAACAGAACAAAUGUAUCUUAUCAACAAAUCACGUUUACUUUUAGAUUGGUGAUGGUUUGAUGUCUACAAGACAUUAUAAGAAUAUUUAUAAUGGUUCAAGAAUACCUGGAAAAGAAUAUGAUCAUUUUCAAUGGAACAAACCAUCUCGACAUGUUGUGUUAGUUCAUAGAGGAACUUGGUAUAAAGUUGAUAUAUGUGAUGAAAAACGAAACAUCUACAGUGUUGACCAAAUUGCAAAGUGAGUUCAUUAUUUUAUUCAACUGUUUUUAUGGAUCAAAACUUUCAGAAUUAUUUCUGAAGCUAUCACAAGAAAUGAUAAAUCAACUGGAUCUUUAGCCAAAAUUGCUGCACUUACAACAGACAGAAGAACUGAAUGGUGUGAAAACCGUGAGAAGUUCUUCCUGAAAAAUCCAAAAAAUAAGAGACUUCUUGAAAUUAUUGAAACAGCAAUGUUUGUGAUGUCUGCAGAUGAUCAAUUGAAAUGGGAUGUGAAAACAUCUGCUGAUCUUUCCGCUUAUAUGAAAGACAUGUUGGCUGGAGAUGGAAUCAAUAGAUGGGCAGAUAAAACUAUGAAUUAUGCAGUUGACUCAACUGGAAGAGCAGGUGCCACAGGAGAACAUUCACCAUGUGAUGGAGCAGAAUUAGAUCAUCUUUGUGAAAAUGUAUUAUUUGCUGAUAAGUGUGUUAUGAGAGAACCAAGUAAAGAAGAACAAUUUGAAGCUAUGAAAUGGUCGGAAAAAGAUUUGAAAACUGUAAAAUUGGCAGAGAAAUUAGAUUUUGAGUUGGUUGAAGGAUUAGGAAAUGAGAUAGAGAGAUGUUAUGAUAAUCAUAAGAAAGCUAUUGAUGAUCUUCAUGUUUCAUCAGUUGUAUUCAAAGAUUUUGGAAAAGGUCGAGUUAAAAAAUGUGGAAUUUCUCCUGAUGGAUUUGUUCAAAUGGCUUUGCAACUUGCAAUUUAUCGAGAUCAAGAAAAGUUUGUAUUGACUUAUGAACCAGGAUCCGUCAGAUUUUUUGCAAAUACUAGAACUGAAACUCUUCGCCCAGUUACCAAAACUUCUUGUGAUUUUGUAAAGGCAAUGAUGGACCAAACAGUUUCGGUAAGAAUGAAAUUAGUAAUUAUCAGGAGAAUGUGUAAGCCAAUUUUUUUGCAGCGUGAAACCCGUCGUGAUCUUCUUCGUCAAGCUUGUGGAGCACACGUAGCAAAUUGUAAAAAUGUGAUGAUUGGAAAUGGAAUUGAUAGACAUUUAUUUGUCUUAUGUGUACUUGCAAAAGGAUUUGGAUAUGAAAGCAAAUUCUUGGAUCACUACAGUAAUCAAAAAUGGAUACUCAGCACAAGCAAUGUGAUUUUUCUUUUUUACAUAAGAAAAUCAAAAUUAAUUUUAAAACUUACAGAUUCCAAACAUGACCAACCAAGUAGAUGAAGAUAAUGAUGAAAAAUAUAUAAUGACAGGAGCCUCAUUUGGAGCUGUUGCACAAGAUGGUUAUGGAGUUUGUUAUCGAUUUGGAGGAAAUCGAGCAAUUUUAGUUCACGUAACUUCAUAUCAUUCAUCAGAAAAAACGGAUUCGGAUAGAUUUAUGGGAUAUUUACGAGAAGCCUUUCACAGCUUGGCUGAUCUUUUUGAAACAGAAACAAAUAACAACAAAUAA